AUGGGUUAUCACGAUAAAUUAGUGGGACCUGCAAUAAGGUUUAACAAAUAUUUGGAUAAGUUUCCAAAAGUAUACAAUGUUGUGUUCAUUGGAAUUGUAUCUUGUAUAUCAGGUAUGAUGUUUGGAUUUGACAUUGCUUCAAUGUCCUGCUUUAUAGGUACAGAUCAGUAUGGGAAUUAUUUCAACCAUCCAAAUUCUAAUUUGCAAGGAAUUAUUACAUCUUCUAUGGCAUUAGGAUCCUUUUUCGGGUGCUUUGCAUCUGGAAUGGUUUCUGAGCCAUUUGGAAGACGUGCAGCCUUGUUUUUUUGUUCAUUCUUUUGGAUGGUUGGUGCAGCUGUUCAGUCAUCUUCUCAGAAUGUGGCACAAUUGAUAUGUGGUCGUUUAAUUUCUGGUUUUGGUAUUGGAUUCGGUUCAUCAGUGGCACCAGUCUACGGUUCUGAAUUAGCACCUCGUAAAAUUAGAGGUCUUAUUGGAUGUUUAUUCCAAUUUUCUGUCACAGUAGGGAUUAUGGUUAUGUUUUAUAUUUGCUUUGGAUGUUCACAGAUUGAAGGGACCGCUUCGUUCCGUCUUGCGUGGGGAAUACAGAUAAUUCCAGGAUUAUUAUUAUUCUUCGGUUUAUUUUUCCUUCCUGAAUCUCCAAGAUGGUGGGCAAAACAAGGUAACUGGGAAGCAUGUGAAUUUAUAGUUGCAAACAUUCACGCAAAUGGAAAUCAUGAAGACCCAGAUGUGCUAGUGGAAAUCUCAGAAAUAAAGGAGCAAAUAAUGUUGGACGAGAAUGUUAACCGUUUCAGAUAUAUCGAUCUUUUCAGAAAAAAAUAUAUCAAUCGUACAAUUACAGCCGUUUUUGCUCAGAUUUGGCAACAAUUAACAGGAAUGAAUACCUUGAUGUAUUAUAUCGUGUAUGUAUUCGAUAUGGCAGGUUACUCAGGUAACACUAAUUUGAUUGCCAGUUCAAUCCAGUAUGUUCUUAACGUGGUAAUGACGCUUCCCGCAUUCUAUUUAGUAGAUAAAUUUGGAAGAAGACCUGUUUUAUUGAUUGGGGCUGUAUUUAUGUUUAUUUUUCAAUGUUGUAUUGGAGGACUUUUAGCCACAUACUCCAUACCACACGUUUUCGAAGGGAAUUCUACUGUCAGGAUAAUAAUUCCAAAAGAGAACGUAGCUGCAGCUAGAGGAGUAAUCGCAUGCUGCUAUUUGUUUGUUUGUUCGUUUGCCCCUACUUGGGGAGUUGCUAUUUGGGUAUACUGUGCUGAAGUUUGGGGUGAUAGUGCUUCCAGACAAAGAGGAGCUGCAGUUUCCACGGCUGCCGAUUGGGCUCUAAAUUUUGCUAUUGGUAUGUUUACUCCAUCUGCUUUUAAAAACAUUACUUGGAAAACUUAUUUUGUAUUUGCAACUUUCUGUGGUUGUAUGUUCCUUCAUGUUCUCUUCUUUUUCCCAGAAACUAGAGGCAGGAGAUUAGAAGAAAUUGGACAGAUUUGGGAUGAACAUGUUCCUGCUUGGAAAACUGCAUCGUGGCAGCCUCGUAUUCCAUUGGUCUCUGAUAUUGAAGUUGGUCAAAAGCAUGAUAUUGAAGAGCGUGAGAAUUCAGGUUCGCAUUCUGAUGUAACGGAGGGAAAAGAUAACACGACAAUUGCUGAAAAUCUGGUUUAA